GGGAGGGAAUCCGAAAUUCCCUGUUCCCAAACAAACCUCCUCCGUCCUCCCGACACUCCCUUUCUCUCUCACUCCUUUGAUUAGUUCUUCCAUACAAGAGAGAGAGAGAGAGAGAGAGAGAGAGAGAGAGAGAGAGAGAGAGAGAAUGUGGUCCAUGUGGAACUGGUUCACGGCCGCCAAAGAACCUCCACCACCACUGGUGGUGGUUCCGCCGCUGUUUGACUUCCCUCCCCUCGCUGCCCGCACCAGGAUGUUGGAGUCAUCCUAUAACUUGUUAUUUGGAAAGCUUGCUUUGAGAUGCCUCUUUGAGGAUUACUUUGAAGAAGCUAGGCAUUUUAGCACAAGGAUCAUGCUAAAGCCCAUUGAUGACCCUCAUGUAGAUUUGAUUGCUACAGUUUCAGGUCCACUUGAGCAUAAGUCCGAGGAGAAAGUCGUAGGAAAUGCACAAUUCCGCUGGCAAAGUGAUGUAGAUGAUCCUCACACAUUUGUGGACCUUUUUGCAUCAAGUACCGAUCCGGUCCUACUAAUGAGGUCAUGUGCAUACUACCCUAAGUAUGGUUUUGGAGCAUUUGGAAUUUACCCUGUGCUUUUGAAGAAAAGAGUUGCUUCUGAAGAUUAUGGUGUUAUGGGCUUGAGAUAUGGCUCAUCAAAUCUGUCAGUUGGAGCCACAGUAAUGCCUUUCUCUUCGGGAGAUGAACUGCCAAAAAGUGCGUGGUUGGUUAGCAAGAUGGGAUGGCUAACUGCUGGGGUGCAAUAUGAACCACAAUUUGGAAGCAAAGAUAGAGCAAGAUACAAAGAUUUAGCGAAUUGGAGUUGUGCUAUUGGAUACGGACUAGGAUCAGGCAGUCCUUUGAGCCCAUCUUUUAAUUUCGGUCUUGAACUUGCCAAAAGUUCUCAGUUCAUUGCCUCUUUCUACCAACACGUGGUGGUCCAAAGAAGGGUGAAGAAUCCUCUUGAAGAAAACGAAGUGGUUGGAAUUACCAACUACAUAGAUUUUGGUUUCGAGUUACAGACAAGGGUUGAUGAUGUCAAAACCUCAACGGCGAAUCCUGAUUCCACUUUCCAAGUUGCUGCAUCUUGGCAGGCCAACAAAAACUUCUUGUUGAAGGGGAAGGUCGGACCUCUUAGCUCAUCUGUAGCUUUAGCAUUCAAGUCAUGGUGGAAACCUUCUUUCACUUUCAACAUUUCAGCUACUAGAGAUCGCGCGAUAGGAAAGACAGCUUUAGGGUUUGGCAUCCGCAUCGACAACGUUAGAGAAGCAAGUUACCAAAGAGCUGAUCCAAACUUUGUAAUGCUGACACCAAACAAGGAGCAUUUGGCAGAGGGCAUUCAGUGGAAAAUUGGGAAGAGACCUGUGCUUCAGUCGGAUUUAAAUUCUGGCAAUUUUGAUGGCAUGCCGAGGGAGUUGAGACCUCUGGGGAAAAUUUUGUAGUUACACUGUUAAAAAUGGUUUUGAAAUUUCUGUUUCUGGCAUGUUUGGAAGUGGGGCAUGAGAACUUUUGUUUUCUUCCUGAUCAUUUGGGUUGUGGCAUGUGGCAAGAAUUAGACCAAUUGAUAAGGUUUGGAUAGUCAUGAAAUUUUCCACUUUUUCCUUUCUUGCUUUUCUGGCACAAUGUAGAACUUUCCUUCUCAUGCCCAACAAAUCAUUUUUUGGGAUUUUGGGACUUUU